AUGAUGGAUUUUGAUGAGCGUGUUCCUUGUUCCUCUAACAUGUAUUUGCCAAGUUGUACUUACUACGUCUCGGGUCCUGAUUUUUCCAGCCUCCCUUCUUUUUUGCCCCAAACCCCGUCUUCUCGCCCUAUGACAUACUCCUACUCCUCCAACCUACCCCAGGUCCAACCUGUGAGAGAAGUUACCUUCAGGGAAUAUGCCAUUGAUCCCUCCAGUAAAUGGCACCCCAGGAACAAUCUGCCCCACUGCUACUCCGCAGAGGAGAUCAUGCACAGAGACUGCCUGCCUGCCACCAACACUGCUAGCAUGGGCGAGAUGUUCGGCAAAAACACAGCUAACGUCUACCACCCCAGCACCAACGUCUCCUCCAAUUUCUAUAGCACGGUGGGCAGGAACGGGGUCCUGCCCCAGGCUUUCGACCAAUUUUUCGAGACGGCUUAUGGCACGGCGGAAAACCUGGCCUCGGCGGACUACCCGGUAGACAAGAGUGGCGAGAAGGCGCCCGCGGCCGCCGGGGCGGCGGCGGCGGCAACUUCAAGUUCGGAGGGCGGCUGCGGCAGGGCGGCGGCGACGGCGGCGGAGAAGGAGAGGAGGAGGCGGCCGGAGAGCAGCAGCAGCCCCGAGUCAUCUUCCGGCAACAAUGAGGAGAAAUCCGGCAGUUCCAGUGGACAACGUACGCGUAAAAAGAGAUGCCCAUACACCAAAUACCAGAUUAGAGAGUUAGAAAGGGAAUUCUUCUUCAGUGUCUACAUAAACAAAGAGAAACGCCUCCAGCUCUCCCGAAUGCUCAAUCUGACCGACCGUCAAGUCAAAAUAUGGUUUCAGAACAGAAGGAUGAAAGAAAAAAAAAUUAACAGGGACCGAUUACAAUAUUACUCAGCUAAUCCACUACUUUAAAACUCAUAGCGUUUUUCAAGAAGAGAUUAAAUUCAGAUUUCGCCCUUG